AUGACCUCCGAAGCCAAAGCCACGGCGAUCAAAAAUUACGCAUCGCACGCGAAGCUCGAUCCGAAUCAUGUGACGAUCGAAAUGGUUCAGGCAACUUCGCAAGGAGCUUUGUACUGGGGAACUGAUCACAUGGACAUGUCCGCACGAGGAGCUGCAUCGCAGGCAAUGACCAGGGCAUUUAAGCACAAGCCCGACAUAAAAGCCAUGUACUCCCUCAUGCUCGAUUCCUUUAAAGGGGAAUUCAGACGGGCCUGGUCUUGCUGCAAAGAUUUCCAAUUUGUGAAGACGACGAAGACUACGGUCAACACUUUCCGCAAGAAGCGAGAAGAUGUUGGAACAUACAAGACAUACCUUCAAUUGGUGCAGCUUUUGGGCGGCACCGACCAGCCCAUUGCAAGCGAGCAAGCCCAGAAUUACGAGUAUUGUGUCUUGUACAACACGUGGCUGAAAGCCGACACCUACUUGUGGGUGGAGCAUCUCAUCAGCACGUCCAACAUCGCAGAGUGGACCAGCUGUGUGAGUGUGGAAUGCACCGAGACCAUCCCCGAUUCGUGGAGCGAAAAGGUCGAAAUAUCAAAAGCUCUGCGAUGCUUCGCAGCCGAGCAUGGCAAACGGCUUGUGGACGUUUCCCUGCAAGAGGUGCAGGAGUCGGACCUCGGAGUGGCCGGUUGGGCGGCCAAAUUCGAGACGGUGCCCGCUGCACAACCGAAGGCGGGCGGUGACGGCAGUGCCGGCGGUAGGGCCAACGGUGGCCUUAAGAGGCCCACGCCGACGGUGGAGCCGGAUGGGGCUGGUGCGGUUGGAGAUGAGAACAAGCCUCCGCCGACUGAGACGGAGAAGAAGAAGCCACGCGGCGGGAAUGGGAACUUGGCUGGGAAGAAAGAGAAGGAGGUGAAAGAGCUGUUGGCCCAGGAGCAGUCAUCCGACAACACCAUGAGCUCGAUCACGAUCGAGAUGAGCAAGGGCGAUCCCGCUUCGUGGGCUUGGGCGAGUGGCUUUGUGAAAGGCUACAAGGAUUGCCGGGCGCAGGUGCUCCAGCUCUACGCCGAUAAUCCGUUCUUUCAGUCCAUGAAAGUGGCCGUGCUUUCUGCUAAGGAGCUGCAGAAAGUGAAGAAGGAAUACAAGGAUCAAUAUUUGCCCAAGUUGUGCGACUUUGUGAGCACCCUGGGCCCGAAGAUCUCUGCUAUGGCAGAGGCUAGUGUACAGAUACAACAGAUGGCCCACGCCAAGAAGAAUGCCUCUGAGAGUCUUAAAGCUAGCCCUGCCCCCAAGGCAAAGAGCAAGACUAAAAAAAACCUGGCCCGAUCGGCCUCCACAAGAAGCAUCGGCUCCGCCUGA